AUGGACUACCAGCAGUGGCGGGAUGAAUAUUGGGAAAUUUUUGAAUGUUUCAAAACUUCAAGUAGUUUGCAUCAUUGGAUUCUCUUAGUUCUUAUUGAGCUAAAGGAUAGUUCAGAGCAAACUCAUUUUAUCUUAGAAGAGAGUUUAAAAGAUCUGACAGGCGAGAUAGAAGAAAUACUUGAUAACGUACAAAAAAGUCGUGAUGAACAUUUAAAAAUAAUUAGCAAAUGUCAUGACUGUAUAUUAACACCAAAUGAUGAAGAUUUAAGACAAUCGCUUUUAAAUGAAAUCCUGCCUCAAGCAAAGCUUCCUAAUGAUUGGUUGUCUUAUUUAAUACAAAUGACAGACUCCCAGCGGUCAUUUCUAAGAAGAAUUGUAUAUCAAAAUAUUCAAGCUAGGCUUGCUUUUGUCAGAUUCAUUUCGAAAACUUACUUAGAUCCAACAGACUCUGAGAGUUAUCACCAUACCAGCAAUCCUUACUACAGACAAAUAAUGAAUGAAAAAAAUGAAAUAAAUGACAAAUACAACGAUUUAUUGGCCAAAUACAACGAAUUAUUGGCAAAGAAGAAUAAACAAUUUGAAUAUGAGUUUGAGCAAAUAAAUCAACGACUCUUAGAAAAUAGGGAAAUAAAUACUCAGAUUUUAAAAAAUACGCAAACAAAUUCUCGGAUUUUAGAAAAUAAAAUAAGUGAUGCAUAUAACUGUUCAUUUAAAAAAUAUAACUUUUAUAAACAAGAAUCAGAAAAUAUUAAAAUUGAAUUAAUAAAUGCUGAGCAAAAAGCUUUAAAUUUACAAGCUGCACUUGAAGAUGCCACUAAUAAAUUAACAAAUGCCGAGAAAAACGCUUUAAAUUUACAAGCUGCACUUGAAGAUGCUACUAAUAAAUUAACAAAUGCUGAGGGAAAAGCUUCAGUUUUACAAGCUAAGCUCAGAGACAUUACUAAUGAAUCAACAAUUACUGAUGAAAUGGCUUUAGAUGUUACUAAUAAAUUAAAAAAUACCAAGAAAAAAGCUUUAAAUUUACAAGCUGCACUUGGAGAUGCUACUAAUGUUUGUUUGAGUGAUGAAUCCAAUAAUUAUCUUCAAUUAAAAAAAGAUAUCAUCAAAUUUAAAAAAUUAGUAGAGGCUUUCAUUAAAGUCAAAGGAAAAUCCACUAUCAUACAGAUCAAAGAGAAAGCAGCAAAUAAAUUAUUAUUGGUAUAUAAGUUUAAGAAAGAUAAGGAUACUUUUAAGGAUGAUUUGAGACUCAUCCUUCAAAGUAUAAUAAUUGGAAAAAUAUUUUCUGGAAUAGAAAAAAUAACAGACAGAGACAAAAACGGAAAGUUCAUUUGUUUGGAAGCAGCAAUUAUGAAUCAUACUGAUUUAAUGAUUAAAUGUACCACUGAACUAUCCCAAAUGAGAGGCGUAGAUGAUCACAUUACCAAAAUGACUCGUCAAAAAAUAUAUGAAACACUUGAGUUGCAUGGGUUCAAUUCUGAUCAUCCAUUUAUUAAUUCAAUCAGAAAUAAUAUUAUGGAUGAAAUGAACAAAUAUCGUGAAAUUCUAGAUGAAGACAGAAGGAAGAAUGUCAGUAAGUAUGCUGAGGAACUAGUCCGAUCUGGUAUUAAACUGUGGUUUUGUUCACAAAUUCAGGAGCCUGUAGUAAAUAUUGAAUGGUAUAAACCAGGGAAACCUGUCGAUAUCGAUUUCAUGGAAGGACCAUGGGAGCAUAACAAUGCAAACAAUUCUGUAGUAGAACUUUGCUAUUUUCCUUGUAUAUCAUCAAAAGGAGAAGAACCUGAAAUUUAUUGCAAAUCCCAAGUUACAAUUCGAACAAAACCCAAAUCGUGGAACAUUUUUUAG